GAAGCUUACGAAGACUGUCCGUAGUACACGUUCAUUGAUCUGUUUACAAAUAAGUAUAAGUACAUAUCUAAGUUCGGUUAGGUUUGAUAUAUUUAUAUAACAUAUAGUAUAUUAAACAUAAAUUCGGUUGAACAUGUCGUAUUUGCGACUUUUCAUUAAAAACGUAUCGGUGGAACCGGUGAUGUUCUUGUUCUUUCUCACGAUGGUGUUCUCGGCCUGCCUGAGCACUAAUUUGCUGUUAUACAAGGCGUGUGAUCCGUCGGGAGCCAUAGCUCAACGAAUCGGCUCAAAGUGCGACAACGAGACUGAAGCGCAACACGUGGUGGCCCCGAUCAACGGUUGGAAAAUGCUGAGCCAGCAAAUGGUGCCUAUCGUGCUAGCCAUGAUCGCGGGCACCUGGAGCGAUCGGCACGGUCGGUGCAGGAGACCACUAAUAGUGUUGCCGAUAGUCGGUCAGAUAAUAGCGGACGCGCUAUCGGUGUAUAGUUCCGUUCAGUGGUCCGUAUCGCCGGCGGUGACGGGCAUCAUGCAAGGGGCCGCGCUAUCUUUCUCGGGCGGCCUGCCAAUGCUGUUCAACGGCGUCAACUCGUAUGUGGCCGACACCACGUCCGAAGAGUGGAGGACCGUCAAGUACGGCGUGCUCGGUGGCGUGAUGGCCAUAGGAGGUAUACUGGGCAUGCUCAUUUACGGGUUUGUCGUCAUCAACGUGGGCUUCGUGUGCGCGUUCAUGAUGAGCGUCUGCUUGGGCAUCGUCGCGCUGGUGUUGACUUUCAUGUUCAUCGACGAUGCCUCUGACACCGGUGUCCACGGACGGAUGCCGGAAGACAAGGUGUCGUUGUUCCAGGACGUCAUCCGCACCGUUAAUCCGUUGGACGUGUUUCGAAAUUGUUACCAUGUUUUGAUCAAACCACGCCAAGGGUACGGCACCACAAUCCUCUGUCUCGUCGUACUGUUGUGCGCACCACUCACUUGCGUACCGUUAGAGGGUGAGUACGAAACUUGUAUUUGCCUUUUCUAGACGCAGUACAUUUUCAAAAUAUUUUCGUAAUUUUUGAGUUAUUUAUAGGCAUUUUAAGUUGUUCGUGUUUUUUGCGUAGUUUUUAUUUGGAUGUUACUAUGUAAAUAUAAUUAUUCGACCAACCAGAAAUACUUGCAAAUUUAACAGGAGAUUCAUUAUAUUAUGUCGUACUAAAAAAGAGUGCAAUGGAGAUUUUUUUUAUAAGAAUUGUAAUAUCAAAAUUUGAUGAAAAUCGUAAAUAGUACGGCCAUUUAAAACAUAUAUAACCAUACUUCGCUUAGAAUCGUUUUUCGUUAUCAAUGAUUAAUCAUUACGUACAGAUAUACUUACAUAAAUUCCACUCUAUAUCCUACCUUACCAACUUCUCACCCAAUAACAGUGGAUCACCCAUCUUACUUAUUAGAUUUUAAGUGUAGCGAAAUCUUUGGUUUUACAAAGAUGUUUAUGUUUUUUUAUUUUUUUUUUUUUAUGUGUACACUUUUUAUAUUAGAAACCUUACUCCGAUGUACAAAAUGUAGACCUUUUUUCUGAAAGAAAAUUUUCUUGGAGUGAUACUUUAGAGAGAUCAUUUUUUAAUUUUCCCAAGAGUUUUCCCAGCAAAUGUGAAAACCGGGAAAAAACACGUAAAAACCGGGGAAAAUUUUGAAAAAACGAGAAAUUCUGUAUAAUAAAAAACACAUAUUAUUAUUAAAAAGAAUAUAUAAUGCAUAUUUAAUUUUUUACCAUAAUAUAAUGUAUAUAUUGACAAAGCAUGACGAUCAAUUGAACUCCGCUCAGAAUCGUUAUUCGUAAGCAAUGGUUUAUUUUUCCUUACAGAUACAAAAUAAUUUCCCCUCUAUAUUCUACCAUAUCAACUUCUCACAACAACAGUGGCACCAGAAGUAUGUCCUUCUUUUUUAAUCAUUGUUUGUUUUACUUUUCUUUUUAAUGUUUAUUUGGUAGUUAUUCUAUGGAUUUAAUUGCUAGAACAAACAGAAAUACUUGGAAAUUUAACACGAGGUUUACUAUAAGUUAGUAGUAAAAAAAAAAGUUUGAACAUAACGUAGUUAAUUGUUUAAUAAACGUUUUAAAAUCAAAUUUUGACGAGCAUUAUAAAAAUUGUGACAUUUCAAAACAUGUAUAACCGAACUUUGCUCAAAAUCGUUUUUAGUUUACAAUGGCUUAUUGCUGCAUGCAUAUAUAAAUAAAAUAUCUUCAUAUAUCUUCAUACAACCACUGUUUCAAUUAAUUCUAUGGUUGAAAUUAUAAUGAAAUAACUGAUACCAUAAUAAUAAUCCUAUAAUUCCUUUGAAAUAUCUUUUAUUUAAAAUAUUUAAAACUGUAUUCAAAAUAAUAAUGUUAAGUAUGUUAAGUAUUUCGUAACGACCGUAACCAAAAUGACCGAAAUAAAACGCGUAUAUUUACAGACAUCUAAAUCCGCUAUAUUUCAUCGAUUCUUAUGUCUUACAUGAAUCGUUAUCAGAUGUGCAUACAUUUUAUCACUACAGCUACAAUCUAAUGCAAUUGCAAGAUAAGUAGCUAUUAAAGUAUAGUAGUAUUAAUCAUUGUUUAUAACCGUAUAUAUCAGUAUUCUUAAAAUUUGUUUAUUUACAUAGUUUUUCACAUAUUGUUCAUAAUAAUUAAUUAUAAUUGCAACACUACAUAUUUGUGUAAAUAAUACUGUUGAAGUAUAUUGAAAUGAAUUAUUUUUAUUGAAUUGAAGAAAUGAAUCUAAUUGAUUUAUUUAUAAUAUGUUCGUCUAAUUCGAUGACGGGCUCAAUACAAUGAUAAUUAUAAGACAAUUAUGAUAUGAUCAAUUAUUUGAAUUGGAUUUUAUCAUCAUAAUAAUAUGUUGGGUAUUUUAUUUCGAAUCCAUACAGUAAAUUUCGUAUAUGUUUUUUUAUAGAAUUGAUUGACUUUUUUAGAAAUAUUUUUUUUCUUUGAAGACUCAUUAUGCAAUCUUCUAUUUUGCUUGAUCCGGGGGCUGUUAAACGGGAGAUGAACGGGAUAUAUUUCCCAUGACCUUUCCACUCCUUCGCCGAGAUUGCCGAUGACCUUUUUUUUUUGUGCUUAUUUAUCAGGUGGAGUAUUCUAGGACUACACUAAACCGUAUUUCAAUGCAGGCAUAUUAAUAAUAUGUGUAGAUAUAUAUUUAUAAUAUAGGUUCAUACGAUUAUUAUGUAAUACGUUUUCAAACUAAUAAUUAAUAUAAGAAAUAUACUGCAAAUCAAUUAGAAUAUUUGAAUCGAUUAAUACAAUUUUAGUUUAAUAUUAGCAUAACCAGUAUUUAACUUAUCAGCAUUUUAUUUAAAAAUAGGUUAAAGUCUUAACGUUUUUAAUUUUUAAAAUACCAAUGAUUAAAUUUAUAUACUAGUAUUAUAGAUAUUGUACUAUAAUAGGACCUAAUUUAUCUAAUCAAGCCAAAUAAUCAAUAAUACAGAGCAAUAAAUAAUCAUAUCGCUAUUUAUUUUUCAACCUACAGAAACGUCAGAAACUACAGUGACAUAUUAUUGUGUAUACAAUUAUAAGGAAAAUAAAUAUGCUUAUUGAUAUAUUAUAAUUAUAACUAAAAGUUCAUAACAUAUUAUAUACUUAAACAAUCCGACAUCAUAAUAGGUACUUACAUUUAACAAUAUACAAUUAAACGUCUCUGGAUAUUAUUAUCUUUACUUUCGAUGGUUGAAAAACAUUGCAAUUUUAUUUAAAAUUAAAUUUUACUGAUUGUUAAUACCAUAAACAUAUUAUUCAAGAUUAAAUUUUAUAUUAUAUUUUCACCACAUACGAUUAUGUGAGUAUUUUAAGAAUAAAUAAAACAUAGAUUCUGAGCAGAUUGGACAUUAAAGAACGAAAAACAUUUCUUUUCAAAAACGAGUGGUUUCUAUUUUUAUUUUUAUUUUCUAAAUAGGGUGAAUUUUGGCCAUAUUUUUUCAAAAUGAACACUUUUGUUUUGUUAAUUAGAAAAACGCGUUUAAAAUUAUUGUACACUCUGAGAUAUGAAUUUACGAUAGUAUUUUGUAAAUAGGUAUAGGUGAACCGCGAACAGAUGGGUGUCCGAAUGAACAUCACAGUUUACGAAGCCAAAUUUUUAUAUUUCAAUUUCCAUAUGCUUGAACUUUAGGCUUUUUUAUUUUUUCACUUAAAAUCGUGUCUAUCGGGGAGGGGGAUAGGUCCUACUUUUCCGUACUACGUAUACGACACGUUAACAGUUUAAAAAAAGUCAAUAUCAUUAUUGAAAAAUACAAUAAUUAAAACAUAAUAACAUUGUCUCUAUUACCUCUGAAAUUUCGAAAAUGGACGCACACGGAUUUUAUUAGAAAAUAGCAUACCAUGUAAGACGCCUCAUAUUAUGCAUUGCAACUGUCUAUUUGUAAAACGUAUAUUAGUCUAAUCAAUAAUUUGCGUUUUCUUCAAAUUUCAUUCUGUAUAACAGAUUAUAAUUAAUGUAUUAUAUAACAAAUACCUAUUCUUUUUAUAUAAAACAAAAAAUAAUUACAUAAAUUUUGAUUGUAAAAAUAUUGUUAGAUGCCUAUUUCAGAACAAAUUUUAGAUUCGGAGCACAACGAGGGAUUUAUUGGUUUUACUAUGAUGUGUGUAUUUGUAUUUUUUGGUUCUGUGAACAACUUUUCUACCAGAAAAAUUGCUCCGAUAGGUAGGUAUAGACGAUAGCGCUUUUUCUGAUGGGUAAUUAUCUCUAGUUGAUGCAUUAAGUAGGUUAUUUUUCGAUUUUCUAAAGGGUUUUUGAAAUAAUUGGGAGAAAUCCGAAAGUAAAUCAUACGUAAAACGACGAAUAUUUACGGCUUGCCGCGGAGUUACCGUUUUUAUUAUUUUUAUAUAUUAUGUUUACAGAUUGUUUUUUACCAAAAAUAUUGCUCCAAUCCAAAACUGACCAGAAAUCGAUUUUUUUUUUUUAAUAUUUCGUCACUGACGAGAAAGCCGUUUUUGAUAUCUAAAGUACUUUUCAUAAUAAUUGAGAAAAACUAAAAGAGACGAAAUACACGAUUUUCUUCAAAUUACGGCACAAUGAUUUCAUUAUUUUAAACUUUUAUGGCUUAUGUUUUCUAUCAUAAAUAUUGCUCCAAUAGAAGACUUCAAGGGAUGUUUUUUGUUGAAUUUUCAACCUUGUUGGUGACCAAGAAAAUCGUUUUUUGAUUUGCUUUGUAGUUUUAUUAAUAAUUAAAAAAAAAUCGAAAAAUACGAAAAGAACAGGAAAAUUUACAAAAAUAAUUCGUUAGUUAUUUUAAAUUUCGUUUUUUACUUACAAUAUUUACAAAAAAAUUAUAUUUACUUUUUCUAGACGUGGUAAAAUUUGCAGAACAUUUAAGUUAUUUAUAGACUUUUGAAUUUUGCGAGUUGUUUACAUAGUUUUAUUUGUUGGGUACUCUGUGGAUAAAUUGUAAAACUUACCAGAAAUACUUGAAAAUUUAAGCAAUGUUCAUUAUAUUUGGGUUAGACCAUUUUGAAAUUCAGCCAUUUAGAAAUGAUGCAAUUAUAUUAUUUCGAAUUUUCAAAAUGUAAUUUUUUUGUAUUGAAAACUAUAUAAAGUUAAGUUCUUUUUCCCCGGUACCAAUGAAUUAAUGAGUUUGAUGAAAUAAUAUAAGUGUUAUAUAUUUUUAGGUGAAAUGUCCAUAAUGUAUUUAUUUUUGCGGUAUAAAUUUCAAUGGAAUGAAGUACAAUUUAGUAUUUUCAAUGCUUACCAGAUGUCCAUCGUAUUAUUAGGUAAGAUGUGAUUUAUAAUUUAUUAUACAUUAAAAUUUUAAAGUUGAUAUUCAUGUUUAAAACAUCGAUAUAUGUCAAAAAAGGACAAUAGAUAAAAUACAUACAUAUUUAUAAAUGUAUACUCUAAAGGUUAGAAAAAUGUGUAAAAUAAAGUAAUAUGAUUUAGGUAGGUACAUAAAAAUUAAAAAUACAAUUUGUUUUAAAUUAUAAUAUAAUUGUACUGCGGUGUAUACUCGUCAUUCUUUUGUUAAUUUUUAAAUAUUUAAACCUUCUGCAGUUCUGCUUUAUUUUUUCAAUUAACAGUACAUUACUGUUUCAAACGAUUCAUGCAGCGCUAUCUAUAAACAAACACCUAUGAUUUUUUUUUAAAAAACUUAUAUAAUAGCCCAUUACGUUUAAUUUUUUAACAGAAAGAUAUUUUUUUUUUAUUUUUUCUAUAAGAAUUUGUUGUAUAAUUUAUUUAUAAAUAAACUAAAGGAAGGAUUCGGAAAAAGGAAAAUCGAUGUUGGAUUCAGGUAGGGGAAUUAUAAUUUCAUAAUAUUAAACCAUAGGUAUAAAUAAAACAUAUUUUAUAAUAUUACAUAAUUUUUUUUACCUAUUGCACAACUAUUGAGUAAUUACGAAUAUUUGAUUUUAUUUUUAAUUGUUCGUAAUAAUUUGUGUUAUUAUGUAGGUACUAUUUUUGCGUUAGCCAUUUUAAGUCACAAAUUCCGAAUGGACGACGCGCUAAUCGGUAUGAUCGCAUCAAUAUUCGAUCUGUUAGCUGCAAUUGCUUUUUUUAUGGUUUCUCAAUCGUGGCAACUAUAUAUGGGUAAGAUAAUAAUAAUAUCAACUGAUUAUAUCUCAAUAAUGAACGGGCAAAACAUUUAUUUUUAUAUGCAUUUAAAUAAUUAAAUUAAAAUCAUAUUAUCCAAUUAAUUUGCUGUACCUUAAUUAAUUACCUGUAAUUAAUUUGUAAAAUAUUAUAAUAUCGACAAAAUAUACUUAUUUCUCUCCUUAAUUUUAACGUUUAAAAAGACGAUAAGAUUAAUAGCAUUCAAUUGUUCACGAUUUUAAUAUUUUUCCAAUGCACAUUAAAGUUAUUUGUUAUUUAAAUUCUGAUUCUGACAAAAAUAAAUCGUUGUAUAAUAUCUUCGGUUUCUAAGAGAAGGGCUUAAAUCAAUUUUUUUCCACAAUUCUAUCAUUUUCGUUAUUUUUUCCUAUUUUCUUAUUUUUAAACUUGGGACCAAUAUUUUACCUGUUUUACCUGAAUUAUAUUAUAGUUCCGCCGUUAGAACUGUUUCGCGGUGCUGCUCUGGCGUUAACUAGUUCUAUAGCUUCUAAAUGUGUCGGACCGAAUGAAUUAGGUAAAUAUUUGCACAUAAACUUUACAAUUAGUAAUAAAGCUAAUAAAAUAUUGCAAAUAUUUUUUUUAUUUAUUUUUUUUUUUUGCAUUGAUGUACCAGGUGCUAUGAAUUCUGUAAAACUGUUAAUGGAAAGCUCAAUGAAAGGUGGAUUUAUACCGUUAUACAAUGUUGUAUACAAUCAAACGUUCGAAUCGAUUCCCAGUGCGUUUUUCAUUAUUAGUAUUAUCCUGACAGCUCCUCUGGUGGUCAUUUUUUGGUAAAUAUGUUUUAUUUUUAAUAUGUAUCUUAAUAUAUUUUAUUUUUUUUAAUAGGAUUUCUAAAAUACCGUUUUUACGUAGACACGUACUUAUAAGGUUUAUCUGGAUUCUGUAGGUAUACACUUUAUAGUCUAAAGUUUUCAACCUGAGGGUCGUGACCCAUAAACUAAGGUCACCAAAAACCAUAAGUAACAUCAUUAUGUAUACUUUAUUACCGUACAUCGUAUUAUCCAAGUUCUAUUAAACUAUUUUUGAAGGGAUCGUCAUAAAUGAAAAAAAAAAGUUAGGGAGUAACGAUUCGUAAAAGAAUGAACUAGCCUAAAGCCUAAAAAAACUACUAGCCUACAGAGACCAGCGAAACUAUAGAUAGAUAAUAAUUAAAUAAGCUAUAUAUCUACAGUCUCCCUCUAAUUUUUAGUAUCUAUAAUUUAAUCUUAUGUCAAUUUAUUUUGUUUAUGCUUAUAUUUAGUACGAUAUACUACCUAAAUCGAGCACAAAAAUCGGAUAAUUUCGUAAACGAUGACGAACGUAGACACCCACACAACGAAAUUUCGCCAAUCAAUGAUUACAAUAAUGCAGUAACAAGUUACGAUAUUUAGUUUUUAUACACUUACUCAUUUUUUUUGCGCACAAGUGCAAUGAAUAUUUGCUACAUAAAUAAGAUUAAAAAUGUCCAUUUGGUUGGAUACCAAAACGCGUGUACCUACAAAGUUGGUAUACACCGGCUCUACCUAACUGAAUUAAAGUUGUGAUUAUUAUCUAAUAUAAGUAUUUAAUCUUAAAAUUUACCCACCUAUUACGGUAUUUUUGUUUUAAAGUCUAUAUUUUUGUACUUGUAUCACACCUAGGUAAUAAAUAAGACAUAUUUGACUUGGUUUCUUUUUUUUAAAAAAAAGAUUUUUGGUUUUAUAUUUUAGCUUAAAAAAACUUAAAUUAAUUAUUUUGACUUAAAACAGCAAACCUACUUAUGUUAUAUUCAUAUAGGUACCUACCUUUUUUGUUUAUAAAGUAUUAAUGAACCUACUAAUGAUUAUAUGGUAAUUUAAACGCCUUUACAUUGAUAUUUGUAUUAUACCUAUGUUAUUUAAAUUUGUACCUAUUAAUUUUAAGAGACGAUUUUAUGAUUUUAAGAAAUUGGGAAUUUUAUAUGAAAUUACUGAUAUUAAUUGAGUAUUGAUAAUGAGUAGUAUAGAUCUGUAGGUUCUAUACGGAGUAACAAAUCGUCACAUGCACAAGUAUUAAUUUGGAAUAUUUUUGCUUUGAUUUUUGAUUUUAAUUUUUUUUUUUUUAAUGGCGCAGCAAAAAGCUGCAUGAACAAGCAUAAAUUUGGCCUCUUUUCAGAUCUUGAAUUAGAACACUUUUUUGGUUUUAAUUUUUAAUUUUGGUGAAAAAUUUAUGAUUGAACAGUUUGUUUUUAUUUAAAAAAAAGUUAUUUUGAUUCUUUAAAAAUUAAUGCUUGGUUUAUUGCUGAACAUUAUUUAAUAACCGAAAACCAAAACCUAAAAAAGACGCCGAAUGCCGAGUUUGAAAAGAAUCAAAAUGUAUGCUUGUUCAUGAGGCGCUCCACUACGCCAUGCCGUAGAACCUACAAAUAUAUAAUAUUAAACUGUAUGUUUUGUAUAUUAUUAUUAUAUUUUAAAAGCCGUGAUCCGUCCGUAAAGUUUUGUUGAUUUGACACGGCAAUCAAAUGUAUGGCAGAUGCAUAUUGAUUUACCAUGACAACCGUACCAUUUUUAUGGUAUACAAAUUUACCAUAAAUCUAUAAUUUAUAAUGAUAUAAUAUUAUGACAAAAUAAUCUUAAAAAUGUGUAUUAUUUUUUAUUUUUAUACAUUUAACUAUAUCUACUUACCUAAUAUGACUACUUAAUUCAAUAUAAUUUACAAUAAGAUAUAAUAUGUAUAAAAAUUAUUGAAUGUAAUAUAAAUAACUUACCUG